AUGGCAAUUUUGUUUCUCGCAUCGGGGUUCUCUUCAAACCCCGAAGAAAAUUCUGGUUUUUGUCAUGCACAAAACAUGCAUAAAGAUCAUGAAAAUCAUAGCAGCCCACCCACUUUCACACAGAUCAUGAUUGCCACUUCCAUCGGCAUCAUCAUUGCAGUAGCGUUGAAGUUUCAUCUUCGGAAGCUAAGGGAUCAAAAGAUCAUCCCGAAGCUACGAUCGCGGGACAAAGGCGGCCGUCACAUCGAUAAGGUCGAACGCUUCCCUCACUACGUAGCCAGGCAGAUGGGAUUCAAUGAUAGAAGAGAAUGCCCUUUGCUCUGCAAGUUGGCAGCGGAAUACAUCAGGAAAUUAGAAGGUUGUGAGGAGGAUAUAUAUACAUUCUUCUCCAGCGAACUCGAUGUCAAUUCGCUUUUCGUUAAGCUUGUGGAGGAAUUCGAGAGAUGCAUUCUUAGUUAUUUUGCAUUCCAUUGGGGGCAUGCAGAUCUUAUGAUUGCCCAGGUAUUAAGUUCUGAUGCUGAACCCAAGAGAAAGCUCAAGCAGAUUUUCAUGGCAGCAACUAGGGAACAGAGAUUUGAGAGGGUGACAAAGAAUCUGAAAGUGGCAAGAGUUUUCACUACAUUGGUGGAAGAAAUGAAAGCAAUGGGGCUUACGUCGACCGACGACUCUCAAUGUACGGAAGUGAUGGCUCCGGUGGCUCAUAGCGAUAGAAGUCCGGUGUUGCUUCUCAUGGGAGGUGGGAUGGGAGCUGGGAAGAGCACUGUGCUUAAAGACAUCCUCAAAGAACCGUUCUGGGCAGGAGCAGCAGGGAAUGCGGUCGUGAUCGAAGCCGAUGCAUUCAAAGAAUCAGAUGUUAUCUACAGAGCCCUCAGCAAACGAGGUCAUUCGGACAUGGUCCAUACAGCUGAAUUGGUGCACCAAUCAUCUACAGAUGCAGCAUCAUCCCUUCUAGUGACUGCGCUCAAUGAAGGGCGCGAUGUGAUCAUGGAUGGAACAUUGUCCUGGAUACCAUUCGUUUUGCAGACAAUAACCAUGGCCCGAUGUGUUCAUCGUCGCAGAUAUCGCAUGGGUGCCGGUUACAAGAAAAACACUGAUGGGACCAUAAUCGAGAACUAUUGGGAACAACUCGAAGAAGAACAAGUUCUGGAAGGAGGCAAAAGGAGGAAACCAUACAGAAUAGAGCUGGUUGGAGUUGUUUGUGAAGCUUAUUUAGCAGUUAUUAGAGGCAUAAGGAGAGCUAUAAUGUGUAGACGAGCCGUAAGGGUGCAUUCACAAUUGAAAUCCCACAAGAGAUUCGCAAAUGCAUUUCCAACAUAUUGCCAAUUGGUUGACAAUGCUAGACUAUAUAGCACCAAUGCCUUGGAAGGUCCACCUAAGUUGAUAGGAUGGAAAGACAAAGACAGGACGUUGCUAGUCGAUCCCGACGAGAUCGGCUGCCUAAAGAGGAUAGGCAGGCUGAAGGAAAACGCGGAUUCAAUAUACGAACUUUACAGGUAUCCUAACCCGGCUUGUCAAACCGGUUCGAUUUGGAAAGACAUUGUACUAUCACCCUCAAGAUUAAACAUUCAGCUGGAGCUGAAGUAUACCAUCCAGAGAGUGGAAAUGACGACUAAUGCGAAUUUAAACUAAUGAAUGCGUGUAAACUCACAGGAAUU